GUGAAUACGACGCAAAAACAAAAUCUGCAAAAUUCAAAUUCCAAAGGAUAACCCUAUUUUCCGACGAUAUUCCUUCCAGAUCAGCCAAAUAUAGCUUAACAUUCAUCGCUAGUAUGGCUCGAAGGAUUCCUUGGAGAAGAAAUUGCCCCGAUGUUGUUCUGAACAGAAUCGAGGAAGCCAGCCAAGCUAGAAUUUACCUUCUUCGGGAGACAGGUCCUACAGGAUUUCUUUUGAAGGAAGAUGGUUUGGAUAAAAAAUUUAAGGUGUUUUUGGGCGAUCAACAUUCUUGUACUUGUCAAACUUUUACAAAGGAAAAGGAACUAUGUAUUCAUAUCCUUUGGGUGCUUCUAAAGAAAUUUCGAGUUCCAAAGGAAAAUCAGAUUCUAUUUCAACUAUCACUGGUGGAACGGGAGAUUAACGAGGUGAUGAGAGGAGGCUGCUCCAGGUCAAACAGAUCAAAGAAGAAGGAUUCUGGUAAAGAUAUGGCAAAUACUGUUGAUAGGGAGAAACUGAAACAGAAACAAAUUGAGGAAGAAGACAUGUGUCCAAUCUGUCAGGAUGAGUUGCUGCAGAAACCAGAGCCAUUAACUUAUUGCAAGUAUGGCUGUGGUAAUAGCAUUCAUGUAAAAUGCAUGAAAAUCUGGGCCGAACACCAACGUUCUACUGGAGAAACCAUAAUCAAGUGUCCUCUUUGCAGAGUUGACUUUGGGUCUUUUCAGGAAUUAAUGGAUGAGUUUCACAAAUCUUCUCGACGUAAAACAAGAGCAGAGAGACAAGACCUUCACCUUGGUGCAACUUGUAAGAGAUGCAGAGUUUCUCCCAUAGCUGGAAAAUGCUACAGGUGUGUUGUUUGUGCUGAUUAUCAUCUGUGUCACUCUUGUUUUGCCACAGACACACAUUUACAGCAUUCUUUCCAGUUCAGACAGAAACCCAGUGAACGAUGGAGAGCAGCUUCACGGAUAACUCCAUUGCCAAGUGCAGUUAUCACUGAACUGGAAAACCGAGAUAUUUCUGACAGUGAUUAUGAAUUGCUGUUGCAACUUGACAGGCAGGUUACUGAUCAGGAUGGUAUCCCUGCUAACGUGAUCCACAGUUUACCAACCCAAGUGUUACAAGAUGGACACAGGCUGUUGGGUGACAGAAGCAACUGUGGUGUCUGCUUACAGAGAUUCCAGGUCCACCAGCACAUCAGAACUCUUCCUUGUCGUCAUCCUUUUCACAUCACCUGUAUCAACACUUGGCUCUCAAACCAUUCACAAUGCCCUGUGGAUGGCUCUUAUGUUGGAUCUGUUACCACCACGGCAUCCAGGCAGUCAAACAGACAAAUGAUGUCAGGAGUGAGACAAUUUGCAUCUGGAUCAAGUGGCAGUCAUGUUUUAGGGGGGGCUGGAAAAAGACCUGGCCAAAGAUUGAAAGGACUUAAUGAUAGUAGUACCUCAGAGGCAAGUUUACCAAGCAGUUUUACUCUGAGCGGAUCUCGAUUGAUGGUAGCGCAAAAUGAUAAGGCUCGGUCCAGUGGAGACUUUCAGAUUCCCAGCUAUGACCGUUUGUCAUCGGUAGAGCCUCCACUAAUGGAUCACCCUCGCGUUACUCCCCACGUGGGUCUUUUUCGAGUAUCUUCAGGGGGACGGGACAGGACAGGCUUUCGACACAGAGCUUCCCCAGAAUCCCUUGCUGGAAUUAAAUCGUUCACACGGUACAACUUAAAUUUCGAUCCUGUGAAUUCUUCUAAACCACCCUUGCCGCCUCAAACUUUGAACAAUAAUAGAAGUUCUAGCAGUGAAACAAGGAGGCCGAGAGCAAAACUGGACAGAACACAACGAAGCAAUUCGGUUGGAGAACUUAGUUUGUUCGCAUCAGGUACCGCUGUGUCUCUAGGAUCGCAGACUCCGCUAGUAGACACAGACAAGAAACUGAAAGGUCAGCUUAUGAAAGGAAAGCUAACAACCAAGAAUUCCCGGCAGUCUCUGUCAGACCCAGGCUUAGCCGUGACAUUGGAGCCUAUUGUUGGCUCUGGAAUCUCAGUUUACCUCCCUCCUAUUGAUAUAGAUUAACUCAAACGCAAUUUGUAAUGAAUGAUAAAAAGUGUGAAAAGGGAAGAAAAUUUUCAAGACGACAUCCAGGGUCAAUUGUGGGUGCGAGAAUGAAUUAUCUCGAAUACCGUUAGUCAUCAAAUUUGUGUCAGACCAAUGGAAACCCUCUUGUUACAAGACAACCAUCCUUUACAAAAAGAACGUGAAACAAUUUUCUAUCGCAAAUAGUUAUUUACCUGUUCGCUUUAUUGGAGAUAAGAAACCCAACAGGUGCAGCUAUUUAUUUCAUGUCUUCUUCCUCCAUCCCCACCCCUCCCCCCUCCCUACAACCCCUCAAUUAUUUUUGGCGUAAGUUGUUUAAAAAAAAACAAACAAACAAAGAGAUAACCUCUCUUCAGCCAUCUUUUUAUCUCCUUCAUUCCUGGAAAUAACUUAACCUCUCCCGACUGGAUUCAAACCAUGGGAUAAACAGUAAAACCUAUCAGAAAUAACAACGUUGCUUAUAGCAUGAUGAGCAAAGUACGCAUCAUUUGAUUGGUCAAUUCAGUUUCCAAGGAUGCUUUAUCAGGUUAUAAAGCUUGCGUGUAAUUGGUUAUUAAAAGCAAUAGAACACGUUUUUUGCGGGCUCUACAACGUGAUAAAGCCACUUGGGUUGUUGGGAGAACACGAAGAAAGCUUAUAAAUCACGAGUCUUCGGCAAUUUUUCGUAUUGUCGGUCAAACAAAAUUCAAUACGGUAACUACUCAUCUUGCCAACGAGUGGUUUCGCUGGUUAAAAUGACAAAUUCGCUAUCGUCGUAGGUCGGCGCGUCAAAGCGCUAAGUCCUUUUAUAAACGACCGAAUCAGUUACAAGUUACUCGCAAAGAUUCGUAUGUUCUAUAAUCUUGACAAUCACAAAAGUGCAGCACAGUUUGAUAUUAUUCCUCGCGUAGGUUAAAAAUAUACUCUUAAUCGGCCGCUUAGUGCUACGAUUUCAGAGAUCAGUUUUUCAUCUAUGUAGGGAUUUUUUCUUGUAUUUUUGUUUGGGUAAAGAACACCUUACAUAACUUCUGUUAACCGUAUUGGUCACAAUACAGGUAAAGAGGGUGUAAAUGUAAGGUAUGGUUUGAAUAUCUCAAUAUCAUCAGUUUAACUUUCUUUGAAGUAAUACGCCCACGAUACGCCCACAAGGCGCCCAAUCAUAUCUUACCAGAUAUUAGACAAGCCUCCAGACUUGUUGUGGCGAAUUGUGCUUCUAUCUACGGCGAUCUGAAUGGAUUUAAGUUGCAACAAGAAUUAGCAGGCUUUCAUAUUUAUUGCCCCGUCUAGAAUUUCUCCUAGAGGCGAGGUCGCGAAGGUGUGUCGCAGAUGUGUCGCCUCGAUUCAAAAAUUUCGCCUCGUGUUGGUCAACUGCUUCAAAGAUAAGCGCCUUACUAGUAU